UUCAAAACAGCUAAAAACUUGCUAGGAACUUUCCCAGGAUUGACUUAAAUCUUUGUCUUUUUAUAUGGAGAAUAACGAGAUCAGAAGCAUGCUAGACAGGCUAGAACUCUUCUUGUGAGUUAAGCUCUCCAUCUCUCCCCUGAUGCCACCCUCAUCCUUGAUCAAAUUCAUCGACACCGCACUUUCUUGCACGAGCCGCUUCGCAUUAUCCUAUACAGACUCUAAACAAAAAUGGUUUAUCAGAAAACACCUCCUUUCUUUAAUCCAAGAUUACCCCACUUUCACCCUCUCAGCCGAUACUUUCUUUCACGAUGACGGCACGACUGUGAACCUUCUAUAUGCCACUGGCCAUCUCCAUGUCGCCAAUCAUACUCCUUCUAUACCUCUCGCAAUCUGGAUCCAUGAAAACUAUCCUUGUAUGCCUCCUAUGGUCUAUGUUUUAUCAGAUUCUACGUCUCCAAUUCAUCAAGACCACCCCUUUGUUCACUCUUCUGGUGCGACCUCUUCUCCUUACCUGCAAACUUGGGUAUUCCCCAGAUGCCACCUCACUGAACUCGUGCACAACCUUGUCAAGAUUUUCUCUCAUGACCAUCCUUUUGUUUACUCGCCGGCAGCUAGUUUUACCCAUCCCUCUCUUGUCUCUAAGAUGGAGGCUCUCGAUCGGCUUUCAGGAAUGCUUCACUAUGACACAACUGUCUUGCUGGCCCAAACUGAAGAGGAAAUGGAGGAUUUAUCUAAUUUGCAAUCCGAAAUGGUGAAAAGAGAUGAUAUCAUCACGAGUAUGAUUAUGGGACUUGAACAUGAAAGAAUGAACUUGAAACAUAGAGUCAUGAAUUUGAUGAGCCAAGCUGAUGUCCUAGUGAACUGGUUACGAGUUAAUGAUGCAAAAUCACUAGUGACAAAGUUAGAGGGUGAAAUGGAUGAUGAUGAUGCAUUUGAAGCUGGCGAUGAAGAUUCAAAAUUGUUGAUAGAAUUCUUGGCCGCGGAUAGUGCCAUAGAGGAUUCAAUGUAUGCGUUGGACAAGGCAGUCGAGUACGGAGCGGUAAGUUUUGAUGCAUACUUAAGGCAGGUAAGAAUGUUGGCAAGAGAGCAGUUCUUUCUGAGAUCUAAGCUUGUAAAAUUGAGAGGUCCAGCAUAUUCCAUCGGCCUCGAAAGAGAAUGAGCUUUGUAUGGUGCCUCCUUUGCGUAUAAUGAAUAAAUUCGUGAUAAUCAUAAAGAUA